ACAUAUAAGUAAAACCUAUAUCAAAACCUAUAUUGAAACAUAUAUGUUUAUAUAUGUUUUUUCCAUGUGGGGAUCUUUUCCUGCAGAUCCAGGACACGCAGGCGGGGGAAAUAAGCAGGUAAGUCCACGAUGAUAAUCACGCCACAGCAGCUCCAUGGUGCACCGCACAGCAACUGGUUUGACCUAGGGACGGUAUGAGCGACAGGAGACACGGCACAGCACUGCAAAUACUUCAGGUGCACACACGUCAAUAAUGCACACUCACCCACGGCACUCCACACUUCUGUUAGGUAAGGAAUAAUUGACGACGGGCCAUUGAAUUAUAAGAAAAUAAUGCACACCAAGGUGGUAAUGCGGCACGACGCGAAGCGUUACACCGCAGGUGUGCAUUAUUUUCAAAUAAUUCAAAGGAACGGAGUCAAUUAUUCCUCUUAUACCACGGUUACCACAAACAUUGCUCUGGUGCCUAUUUUUAAGACAUUUGACAAGUUAGGUGUGCGGUUUACAGAAAAAUAAUCAACACCCAUAGAACAUUUCUCAGCCAAUCAGAAUGCAGCAUUCAACAGACCCGUGGUAUAAUGACAAAUAAGGCCCAUACCUCCACACUGGGUCAAUCUUUACUGAAGGGAAAGGUGUUUGAAUUCGCUGCCACAGGUCCCCGCACAGCGCUCCAGAUGUCCUACAAUCCACUGGCUCACCCACCGGCUUCGUUCUCCAAGCGAUCUCCCAAGAAGUCACUAAACUGUGCAAACUCUCCGCCAGAGAUCGUGCUUCGCUGUGGCCUUCGAUGCAGAUGUAUACACACAAGUGAGAAUGUACCGCUUCAAUUAAAUUUAUUUCUUUCCAAACCUGUUUCCAUAACUUGUUUCUCUGUCCUCUUUUCUCCAACAGAUCUCUCUUCAAGUCCUCUUCACCACAUCAACACCGCUUGCCACAACGCCCGCUUCAACAUCCACCAACAAUGGAACAAAACAAUGAACAACAUCUUUGCUGGGUCCGAAACCGCCUACUUCAUACUAUAUAGUACGCGAAAAGCAGUUGGCGAGGCGAGUAGUAUGUCCGAAUACAUAGUAUUCGAAAAACAGUGUGCGAAAAGUACCCGGAUGACCUACUACUUCCGGUUAGAUUUUGCAGUGUGCAUACGAUGGACGCUUCACUAUCCCAUGAUGCCCCGAGAGAGGAGUUAUCCAACGAAGAAGAAGAGGCAUGUGGCUGUUUUCGCGCUGAAAUGACAUGACCUGAUGACGACGUAUGUCACGUGAUGUAGCAACAUGGCGGAUGUAGUACGUCCGAAUCUCAUUCAUACUACCAGGAUUCAUACUAUACAAUACCUACUGUUUUAACGCCAAGUAAGUAGGUACUUCAUCUAAUUCAGUACCUACUAUACAGUAUGCGGUUUCGGACGCAGCCCUUGUGUUUCACUUGCUCUAUUUAUACUUCCUCUUCUCUUGUAUCCUCCAAUCAGCAUUCGCCACGCCAACAGUCACACCUGUCACUGGUUUCCGCUGAUUCCGUUGCCCGGGGUUACCCAGAAGUGCCGGUGUUUGGGUAAAUCGGUCCGGGUGGAACUAUUUUUCCAAACUUUGGUUCCGCCCCGAUAGUCACUUGUGACACGUGCAUUAUUUAACAUGUUUAACAUCACAUGAAGCAGAUGAAUGAAUGAUCACGCUAUGACAGUCAGCUGAGGCGAUAAAACACUCAAACUUUGUGCUGAACAGGCAAGUAUGAACAAAUCAAAUUACAAAAUAGCGAUUGAGUGCUCUUCCAUAACACUUUGGUUAACCUGAUCUGACGAUCUGACAAUCUGACACACACGCACGCACGCGCGCGCACAC